AUGUCUACAGCGUCCACUCAAUCCCGAGGCGUGAACCGACGGGUAAACAGCAUUCAAAAUGAAGCUCGUCACUCGCGCAACCUCUCGCUGUCUCGCCGACGUACGGUGAGCUCCUCAACAGCCUACUCCUACGCUCUCCGCACUGCGUACCUCGCACAUCUUCUUCACCCGCGUGCACGGCGUGUCCAGAAUGCGCCGGCUCCUCAACCGCGGCCGAAGCGGGCUUCGACCUCGUUCCAGGAUCUCAUGAGCGAUUUCUCACUUAUCCGCGAUUCCAAAAGCUCCAGAUUCCCUCACGGCUUCAUAUCAGAGCUCGAAAAGAGGUUAACGGGGGUUCUGAUGGGGAAGGAGAGAAGAAAAGAAUACCAAGACCCACUGGUUGUUCGAACUUUCGCAGCAUUUCUCAAUGCCUUGAAAGAUCACACUUUCAAGAAGCGGAUGGAGAAGGACCGGCGCGCAGAGGAUCUCGUCCUGAUCUUCUAUUCCAACGCGACUAAGGAACUUAGUAAGGGCAAAGAACCAGAUGAUGACAGCUGGAGGUUCAUGGUGGAUAGACAUGUCGCACUCUUCGUUCGGCUCUUCGCACUUAUCUUGAAAAGUAACGACUGGGCAAAAGAACGACCGGAGCUUGCAAGUCGAUUAGCAACCUUAGAGGCCAAGCUUCUUUCUCAAGAUCAAGACCUCAUGCAGGCUUCAGGCCCAUCUGCCGUCGAAGUAGUAGCGCCCUUGAGCUAUGAUGUGAAGGACAUGCCGCUGGUGCAGCAUGUUGCGAGGGUAUUCAACGUAGGCCUCUCCCAGGUUCAGGCUGAUAUUGACAGUCAUCGGGGGGUGUGGACUGAGCAGGCAGCGCUCCGAGACCUCAAGACCUACCAGACGCACCUGAGCCUUAAAACUGGGAAAUCACUCUCUGUGGAUGAUUUUGAAGAUGAAGAAGCAUACGAAGCUUGGAAGAAAAGUGAAGGCCCAGACCUUUCGCAGAUGAUGCUCGCCAUAAUGCAGUCAAAUCCUGGACUCGCCAAAAAUACUUCUGGGGCCUCCCUCCCUCAGUUUAAUGCAGGAGCAGUUGAUCAGCAUGGUGAACCAGCGAGCACUGGUCGGCCCAUAUCGUACGUGAUCGACCAGCCUGUGGAUAUAAGCUCACUAUCACUGAACGAUGACACGGAAGAAUCCGACACGUACACGUACAUACCGCCGGAUCCGAGAUCAGUAUAUGGCACUAUUGUAGCUCAGGCCUUGAGCUAUGAUUUGAAAGACCACGAGCUCGAGGCUACACAAGCCACGUCGGACGUGCCAUCUAUGAAACUACUCUCUAAGCAAUCUACGGAAAUGUUGAAUGAGAUCUGCCUCCGAUGGAGAAUUCCCGCGUGCUCGAGGAUUGUCCUAUUUCUGGACGUUGUACGGUCAAAGUUUGUGGAUAAUGAGAUUGACCUAGACACACUGGACUCAGCGUUCACCUUUGUCAAGGAAAUGCCAUCUUCUGAAGGCAAAAAGCGCAACAGCUUUGUUGCGUCAGUGCUCUAUGAUAGGCACAAGUGGACUGUAAAUGACAGACUGAUGAUGCGCCAAAUACUUUCCUCCCUUCACGAGGCCAUUUUACGAGAGCUGUACGAUGUGAUGAUGGAUUGCUAUGAGGCCAAACCUCGUCCAAUCGGACCGGUUAUGUUCGUCUUAGAAAACCAUAUCCAGCUUGACCCUGAUUAUUCCGAGGAUGCUGGUGACAUUGAACGCUUCCAAUCAUAUGUCCGGGAAGGCCUGGCAGAAAAGGCCACGGAGAAGUACCAAAACAUUCUGGGACAAGAGGUUCCCGUUGAGCCAGAGGAAUGGGAGUUGGAUCAUGUCAUCCGGCUUUGCGACGCUAUCACGAAACACUCAGAAAAAAUCCGCAAACGCUAUCGAAAGAACCCAGAGAUCAUGGGAGUCAAUCCCUACGAGAUAUUACUAGCAAAUACCCUUGUAAUAUUUGCAGAGGACAUUCACCAAUUGUUGGUCCGAAUUAUUGAAUCGGAAAAGACGAGGCAGGAAGAGCUCGACAUGAACGAUGCUUUUCACCUUUACAAACAACUUUGUGCUGUGCGUCAGCUGUUCAUGAACGCACUUCCCGACGCCUCAUUCCCAUUCCACAUCGAAAAUGUGCUCGAAGACUUCGUGUGGAGAUGGAUACGUCUUACUGACCAGAAGGUCAUGGAAUGGGUCGAGCAAGCACUGCGACAAGACAGCUUCACGGUUCCUGAGGGUAACUCGACAUCUCCGGAGUCCAGGCAUAGUGUAUCUGUGAUUGAUAUAUUUCGCUCGUUCAAUCAAGUCAUAGAGCAGAUGAUACAACUCGAAUGGGCCGACGAGUUCCAGUAUGCGAAGUUUAUGACUGCCUUAUCCAAGUCCAUUGGUGCAGCUGUGGCCAGAUACUGUGAGGCCGUGGAAAAAAUGUUUGCAAAGGAAAUGGAUCGGCUUUCACCAGACCAGGAGGCUGCUCUGAAUCAGACAACACAGGAAAAACUGAUGCAGUUUGCAAAGGAGGCGUGGAGCAACAAAGAGAAAAUUGAGCCAUUCCAGUUCUUUCCCGAGUCCUUAGUUAAGCUGAACAACAUAGAAUACGCCCUUACGCAACUCGACAGGCUCGAGCGCGAGGUGAACGUUGAUGGCUGUGCGGAAGCAAUCGCCCGACAUAGCCCUCCAACACUUCAGAAAGUACGCAAGUCGACAACUUAUGUCUUCACGAUAAAGGUUGUGGAAGCAGAGGAUCUCAAGGCUUGCGACAUGAACGGAGGCAGUGACCCGUACGUCGUUUUGAACGAUGAGUUUCAGAAGCGGAUUGGGAAGACGCGCAUCAUCUACAACAACCUCAACCCCAGGUGGGAUGAUACAGUGGAAAUUACCACCCAUGGUCCUUUGAAUGUCAUUGCCACAAUCUGGGACUGGGAUGCAGUAGGCGAUCAUGAUUAUGUCGGCCGUACGUCGAUCAAACUUGACCCUGUCCACUUCAGUGAUUUCCUACCGAGAGAGUACUGGUUGGACUUGGAUACACAAGGCAGACUCUUACUUAGGGUGAGCAUGGAGGGAGAGCGUGACGAUAUUCAGUUCUAUUUUGGUAAAGCAUUCCGAACUUUAAAGCGAACGGAAAGAGAUAUGACGCGGAAGAUCACCGAGAAGCUCACCUCAUAUAUCAACCAUUGCCUGUCUCGGCGGACUCUGAAGUCAUUACUAUCGCGAGGAAUAGGCUCUACUGUGUCUAACUUCCUGAACCGCAGCCGCGCUCAACAAUCUACUUCUGCACCGUCAAGCGCAGAUGUUGAGAACGCAUUAACACCUCUGUUCGAUUACUUCAACGACAACUUUGCAAUCAUGGCUGAAACCCUUACUCCCGAGGCCAUGAAAAUGGUCAUGGCUCGCCUAUGGAAAGAGGUCCUUGCUACUAUCGAGAGCUUGCUUGUGCCUCCCCUUUCAGACAAACCAUCACACCAGAAACCUCUUACCAUGCAAGAGGUUGAAAUCGUCUCCCGUUGGCUCGUGCUUCUUCUGAAUUUCUUCCACGCACCGGACGAAGAAACGGGUGAAGCGGCUGGUGUACCUAUGGACAUUCUCAAGUCGCCGAAAUACCACGACAUCCAGAGCCUGCACUUUUUCUAUUUUGAACCUACGGAGAACCUCAUUCGCACAUCGGAGCGAAUGGCCUCUGCAACGAUUUCCCGGCAGCAAGCCAACAAGAAUAGAGCCUCCGCCCCCCCUGGCCUGGGAAGUCAUGCUAGUGUGCUUGCAGUUCCGGGUGGACGGCGUGCCAAGAGUAUCAUGCACUCGCGGAAUCUAGGUACGAUGAAAAAGGCAAAGGCGGAGAAAUGGCGUGAAGCGCAGGCGGAUCCAAACGACGACAUGAUCUUGCGAAUUCUCCGGAUGCGUCCUGAAGCUGCUGGAUAUCUUCGUGAUCGCAGUCGCCAGAAAGAACGGCUUGCUGCUGCUGCGGCAGCGGAUGCUAUCGUCAAGCAAAGCCUCAUGGCUAAUGUUGGUGGGCGAAUGGCUGGCACACUGGGACGUCGAUGA